AUGACGACGAUAUCGACAUACACAGUGACUUCCUCCCGGGACGACAAGUACCCAUUCGUCUAUGCCAAUCCUGUGCGGGUCGAGCAGCGAUACCACCCGGAGCACGACGAUUCAUCCCCAGCACAGCCCACCCCUCAAGCCACUGCCACGCAGAGCGCGUUGCUGCUCCAUGGCGUCGGACAACAGUACACCCUCGUGACCGACCAUGCCAUCCCCUCCAUUCUGGGCCAGGAGGAGAUCCUCGUCAAGGUCCAAGCCAUCGGCCUCAACCCAAUCGACUGGAAGGGCCCGGCCUACAACUUCGGCAUUCCCAGCCUCCCGUGGAUCAACGGCCGCGAUCUAGCCGGCGUCGUCGUCGCCGUCCGCGACGCAAACAGCCGCAUCCGCGUCGGCGACCGCGUCCUGGUCCCCUCGACCGACUACCGGGACAUCCGCAAGGCGGCCUUCCAGCAAUACGCGGUAGCAACACACUUCAACGCAGCCCGGAUCCCCGCCGCGACAGGGCUGCACGUUUCCGCCUCGCUGGGGGUUGCCUUUGUAGCCGCGACGCUGGCCCUGGGGGUUUCGCUAGGGCUAGACUACACGACCAUCGCAGCCUGUCCGGGUCCGAACCUGGUCGAGGUCGUGCAGAAGGUCCCUCCGACGGAGAUCCCCGCCGACGUGCGCGAGGAGUGCUUCGCCGCGGUGCCCGAGCAUGAGCGGCUGCGGAAGGGCGACUGGCUGGUUAUUUGGGGGGCAUCCACAACAACCGGCAUGAUCACCCUGCAACUGGCGAAACUCGCCGGGGUGAAGGUGAUUUGCGUCGCGGAUGUCGCGCGCCACGGGGCGCGAUUGCACGCGCUCGGGGCGGAUGUGCUCGUCGACCGCCACGCGCCCGCCCGCGCCGUCGAGAUCAUUCGCGGGGUCACGCAGGGGAAGCUGCGGUUUGCGGUGGAUAUCGUGGGCAGAGACACGGCCGCGUUGUUGCAGGAGGUGUUGGUGGAGGAUGGGACGGUGCGCGAGGACGGGUCGCAUGCGCAUCUGCUGGGGCUGACGGGGUUGCCCAAGGAGCGGCGCCCGGGGAUCGUGUAUCAUACUGUGCCGAUUAAGCUGUUUCAUGCCUCGGCUGGGGUCGGGGAGACGAUGGUGGCGUGGUUGGAGGAGCUGUUGCAGUCCACAGCCUUGGUUUGUCCCGAGGUGGUGCGGCAUGCGGGCGGGUUGGAGGGAAUUAAUGCGGCGCUGGAUACGCUGCGGCAGGGAGGGGUGUCGGGGAAGAGGAUUGUGAUAGAGCUGGAGGGUUAG